AUGAGCGAAACUUCUGCAAGAGUCUUUUUGACUGGUGCAAAUGGAUUUGUUGCAUCACACAUCCUGGCAAAGUUGCUGGAGCGAGGAUUUCUCGUGACAGCGAGCGUGAGAUCCGAAUCCAAGGCUCGAGAGAUGCUAGCUCUAAAUCCCUCAGGGGAGGGAGCACUCAACUUUGUCUACAUCUCGGACAUUACGGCGGAGGGGAUAUUUGAUGAUGUCUUCCUUAAGUCAGAUUACGCCUUCGACUAUAUCAUACACACUGCUUCACCAGUCGACUUCGCUGCCACUGACUUCCAGAGAGAUCUCAUCAAUCCUGCCGUCCAAGGAACUGUUGGUCUACUCAAGAGUGCACACGAGUUCGGUGGCUCUAACUUGAAACGCUUUGUAUAUCUUAGUAGUGCUAUCACUAUCCUCAAUUCCUUCCAGGAUAUGAGUAGAGCUGGCGAGAACUAUACGGAGAAAGAUUGGAACCCGAUCACUGCUGCUCGAGCAAUCGAAUCCAAGAAUCCUGUGCUUGGCUAUGUCGCAUCGAAAAAGCUGGCCGAAGAAGCCGCGUGGCGUUUCAUGGAAGAUAAAAAACCUGUCUUUGAUCUAACUACCAUCCAUCCGACUGUCAUAAUCGGACCCAUGCUACAGCCAGUCUCUGGUCCAAAGUCCGUUAACGGAUCGAAUAAAUUAUUCGUGUACAGUUUUAUGGAUGGGGAGUACAAGCAGAUCGACAGCGUCACUUUUCCCUUCUACCAUCAUGUUGACGUCCGUGACGUUGCACUAGCCCAUAUCAUGGCGUUGACAAGUCCUCAAGCCUCAGGACAACGCAUUCUUCUUGCAGACGAAUUGAUCACGCCGCAGCUCGUCGCCAACAUUAUUCGCCGAAAUUUCCCCGAGCUCAGAGAUAGGGUACCCGAAGGAGAACCGCAUCGUAUCUUGCCCGACGGCGUCAAUCCGACGGGCUGGGAUACAACCAAGAGUACACAGAUUCUUGGCGGGGAGGAUUGGAAGUAUACUCCCUUGGAGGUCAGCAUCGUUGAUACUGUCAAAGACUUGUUGGCGCGCGAGAAGGAGUGGCAAGUUUAG